CAUGGCCAAGCUACUAUUUUGGUUGACACAAGUCCCCCUGUUUACUCUGGGAGCAUGGGAGCGGACAUCAGGACUGUGGUCUUUGCAUUGGGGAUCUCCAUUUUCAAUCCUUGCCAUCGCAAAGUCUGUUUUCAAGCCGGGAAGAAGGUAAAGCUUGUGCCAGCUCAGUGGCUAAGAAAGAAUCUCAUUUCAAAAUGCAGACUUCCAAAUCAUUCCUGUUCCAGGUAUGUUUGAGUCUGGUGGUUUCUAUUGGUGCCUGCACCUGUAAACCUCUCAAUAAUGACAUCCAGAGUGAGGACCCUGAGGGACUCUACUCUCUGCUGUCAGAGGAGGACCUUGUGGAGGAGGAAGACACCAACUCCAGGAUGGAGAACCUCCUGGGAUCCAUGAAGGAGGGCUUUCUGAGGAAACUCAACCUGUCGGAUGUUCCUCAGGAGCACAGCAAGAUCUAUCCUCCUCAGUUCAUGAUGGAACUCUACAACAAGUACUCCACGGACAGCUCGGCAAUCCCCCAGUCUGAUGUCAUACGAAGCUUCACUAUCCAAGAUAUCACUCUCUCUGUGACAAAUGGCACAAAGUCAAAGCACAGGCUGCAGUUCAACAUCAGCAUACCCAGCCAUGAAAAGAUCGCUACUGCUGAACUACAGCUCUUCUUCUUCCCAGAUCCCAGGUCAAGGGUCACCUCCGACAGUUUCAAGGCCACCGUCAAAGUCUAUGAAGUGGAUUACAAUGAUUUCACAUCCACGACCCAAUUACUUGUUGGCAAAGAGGUGACAGGCUCGCAGAGCACGUGGCAGACGUUGGAUGUGACCACAGCUAUUCAGAGGUGGAUCAAGUCGAGCCAUGGAGCAACUGUUUUUGAUGUAGUGGUGGACAGGAAGGACUGCAGGGCUUCUAAAGGUGGGGAAGAAGGAGCAGGCUGUUUAAACAUGAGCAUGUCUGUUGGAGAUAACACUUCAGCGGCAUUAAUAAUCUUCUCAGAUGACCUGGGUAGCAGGAGGAGGGAAACAAAGAAGGAAUUACGAGAGAUGAUCCUCCACGAAGAAGAAACCAUCAUGCACUCGGGUGCCGACUGGAACAGAAGAGAUCAGCUUCCAAACAAGAUCCUGGCGGCUCCGCAUCCACGGAGAAAGAAAAGAAAGGCAGAGAGGGAAUACUGCCGCCGAACCUCUCUCAAGGUCAACUUUAAAGACAUUGGUUGGGACAGCUGGAUCGUGGCGCCUCCAGAAUAUGACGCCUUUGAAUGUAGAGGCCUGUGUUACCACCCACUGACGGACGAAUCGACCCCGUCAAAACACGCCCUCAUCCAGACGCUGAUCAACAUCAGGGACCCCAAGAAGGCCAACAUGGCGUGCUGCGUCCCCAUCAAACUGGACCCCAUCACAGUCAUGUAUCAGGAGAACGGACGCCUCACUAUAAGAUACCUUUAUGAAGAGAUGAAGGUGGCAGAAUGUGGCUGCAGGUAGUCAGAGAGAAUCGGUUUGCUCUGGUGGUAGCGCUGGUGAUUACAGUGGUUCUGAUGCUGCAUUUCAUUCAAGUCAGUCCAAUGUUCAUGCCAUUGGUCCAAUAGAGGGAAAGUAGCCCAGGUCUAAGAAGAAACAUGGAUGCCUCCUACUAGUGUGUUAGCAUGCUAGCAUUGCUUUAAUCAGCCCUAAACACAAAGCACAGCUAAGGUCGAUGGGACUGUCAUUGGUUUUGCAGGUAAUUAAAGUAUUGGACCAAAAGAAGUUCUGACCUGAUGUAGGCACUAGAUGAAAAGUUAUUAAAAGUUAUUCAAAUUCAUCCUCUGGGGACCAAGAAUGUCUGUACAAAAGUUCGAGCUGAUUGACUGACCUACCAACAGACCGACAUUGCCAUCCCUAGAGCCAUUCUGCUAGCAUGGCUAAGAAUAUAAUAAAGGUCAUGCGCUGCUGAAAUUAAAUAUACUGUACAUAUAUUUUUGACACACAUAGCAUGACAUAAUGCUGUGUAGCAUUUACAGUUUAUGCUAUUCCUUCAAAUUUAUUGCUAACAAAAAGUUUGAAUCUUAAAAAUAGUGAUACGUCUGGAAUGCAGCAUAACACUGAACCAUCAACAGGUCAAUUACACCUCUCUUUGUGUUUUCCUCUGUACAUGCUUGUGCUGAAAUUAUUUCUAAUGAAACAUGUGGCCUUUAUGUUAUAAACUGUUUUUUUUUUAGCAUUUAACAUGUUAACACCACCAAGCAGAAAACCAAAGGAAACAGAUAUCUUUACACUUUAUUUAAUACUGGAUGUAUGUACAUAAAAAAGCUUGCCCAUACACUAUCUUGGUCUAAUGUGUUUUAACAAAACUAAUAGAAUUGUAUUUUUAUGUAGUAAAUAAUGUAAAACAGAGCAAAAAGUAUGUAAAACGUUACAAAAAAAUUUAAAAAUUUAAAAGUGCAUACAUUUUAUUGGUUAAUGGACAUCUUUAGUUAUUAUUACAACUACUAUAAAAUGCCAUUUUUAUUUUUGUGAAAGAUUAAAAAAAAUAUUGCUAAAGUUCCAUUAGUUAUGUGAUGUUUGUAAAACAAAUAAAAUGACCUGCUGGCAUUAAUAGGGUGACAUUUAAUCACAGCUGUUCAUCUGCUCAUCCGUUUUAAUGUAAAUCUGUACAUUACCAUUGUAGUAUUGUGUAAUUUGUUUAUAUUAAUAUAUAUUUAGCAGUAGUCUGUCAAACUGUCUAGCUUCCAGUGGAGAGUUUUUAUUGUACUGUAUGUCUCAUGAUGUCUACAUUUUGUUUCUGAGGCUUUCCUACCCUGAAAUAAAUAAAAAUCUUGUCUCAAAAUGAAAUUCAAUUUUAGUUACUUAUCUCGUCUACUCACAUCACCCUGCUUUUACUGCAUUUAGUAACUUUUUGGCAUGACUUAAUGUCUUUCUC